AUAACUCGAAAAGUGUUGAAUUGGCGAAAAAGCUCUAUAGAACAAAAGUUACUUAAAAUUAGUAAGUUUAUCCAUUUCCGGACUUAUUUUACACUUAUAUUUUUUCACCACCAAGAGGGGAUGAAAGUCACCCCCAGGGCAAAAGCACACAUCGGCACAAUAUCACUUUUUUUCUUUGACAUGUAAGCUAUGCGUAUGCCAAAUUUCAUGUCAAUCCAAGUAGUUCUUUAAAAUGUAGAGCAAAAACCGUGAAAGAAUGGACUAAUAAUAUUGUCACGGUGCUAAUGUUAACAAUUAUUGGUAUAAAGAAAAUGUAGAAAUAUUCUCUAUUACUUACCCAGGUUGGCAAAAAGACCUGACCACGAAAUAAUUCUAACUUAUUAUAUUAUGUAUUUUCUCUAUGGAGAAAGAAUUGGAAAAGGAUUUGUAUCGAGUACUCAUCCUAUAAGAAGCCUCUCUUUUUGGUGGGGCUGUCAACGCCAUGUGACAGCGCCGAAGCAGAUAUAUGGUCACUGAGUAGAAUACGAGGGGACUUUAGAAACUAGUCAGCAUUUAUAGGAGAUAGGGAUAGGAAAAUAUAGAAACGAUCAGAGUAAUUUAAAGGAGAAAAUACUCUUAAGCUGCAAAACUCGCGUUGUCCAAAAAGUUUAGUUGCAAAGACUGCCAAGUCCGAUCUGACCAAUGGCAAAACGUUUGGACUGACACGUGAUUUGCCCGUUCCCUUGAAGUUUUAUAAAGAUGCCAUACAUUUUUCUCUAAAUAAUGACGAGAGUGAUCCACAACUAUUGGUAAAUGAGUUAUGUGAAGAAUUUUCUCCAGAAUAAACAACUGGGAUGUGAAAUUUGUUGUGUUAAAAGAGUUAAUUUUUAUGAGUUUAUGUUAUUUUCAAUUUUAUAACAAUAAUUACCUAUAUAAAUAUGAACAAAUAAAUAUGUUUUAAGUAAUACGAGUCUAAUUUUUAAAAUAAUUGAUAAAGUGAAUUUUAAAAAACAGGUUGUUUCGAAUUUUUUGGAAAUUUUAAAUCCAAAGUUGCUAAAUUUUGUUGCAAAUCCCGCCAUGUCCAUAAAUAAAACCAAUUUUAUAAUGAAACUGCAGCUCAAAUCUUUUUUAUGUUGGAUUCUUCUAGUAAAACAUUAUACCUACUGGAAUACAAGUAAAUCAAACAGAAAGCUCAAAAUAUGGCAGGAGUCCUCUGUAAUGAGUUUUCACGCAAUUUUUUCAAAAUUUUCACUGAAAAUUUUGAUAGAAGUGUCAAAUGUGCUCCGCAUUAUUUUCACAAAGAUCCACGUUAGCAGAACAUAUGAGAGUACACACUGGCGAUAAACCUUUUGAAUGUAAAAUUUGCUCUAAGAAUUUUUCAAAAAGAUCAGCGUUAGCAGACCAUAUGAGAGUACAUACUGGCGAUAAACCUUUUGCAUGUGAAAUUUGCUCCAAGAGUUUUUCACAAAGUUCCACGUUAGCAGAACAUAUGAGAGUACAUAUCGGCGACAAACCUUUUGUGUGUGGAAUUUGUUACAAAAGAUGUUCAAAAAGAUCUGGGUUAACAAAACAUAUGAGAGUACAUAUUGGCCGUAAACCUUUUGUAUGUGAAAUUGGCUCCAAAAGUUUUUCACGAGAAUCCAGUUUAGCAGAACAUAAUAUGACAGUACAUCUGGAAUAUGCGGCAUCUGAUCGACCUAUGAGGGUACAGUACGGCAAGGGAUAAGGGCUUGCGGCUCGGUGAAACUCCCCCAUAGAUCCCUACCGAAGGGCGUUGACGCCUAAAAACGGUGUAUACAUACAUACAUAUGUAUUUAGUUUAUGCAUGUUCCCCUUACCUCCGUCAAAAUUAUUUAAUAUUAAAAAAAUGUUAAUGUCACGUUAACGUCAUACGUAUGACUAAAGUCCACUAGCUCUCAGCUAACGUCUGAAGGUGGGAAACUAUCGUAAGUAAUGUUUUAUAGGUUAAUACUGAUAAUUUCCCACCUCUACUAUUUUCAUGUCAUUUUAUUUCACAACGCAUUAUGUUGGCCAUCUUUUGCGUUAUUUUGCCGGUUAUUAGCGCGCUCAUAACUGUAUAUUAGACUUUUAUCUCAAAGGAUUUUUGUCACUCGAUGGAUUUCCCCUGUAUUACUUUAGUGAUAAACGUAUUGAUUACUAUUUUUCGUGUGUAGAAACAGAUUUCAAUAAGUAAAGGAUGUUAAAUGAUUAAAAGAUUAUAAGAUUAAAAAAUGUGAUACUAGUUUAAUA